GCAAUCGUUGCAGUCAAUUCCCAACACGGCUUGUUAAAGAAAUAAAUCGAACGUCUCGGGGGGGGGGGGGGGAGAAAACGAAAAUAUGAAUACAAGAAAAGACGUGACUUCAUGGCGCUUAGAGCGGAGUCGGGGGAUCGGCGCCGGUUCCGCGCUCCAAAUCCGCGCCGCCAAUCCGGCGAGCUUGCGCCACGCGCGGAGCAGCAGCGCGUGCGAGCGAGCGAGCGAGUACACGACGUUGUCAGCACGUCGAUUACGACACGCGAGACGGUGCGCGGAGGCGUACCGGAGCGCCCGGCCCGAAGAGGAGGGUCCCCGAGCGUGCCCGAGCGCGAACAUGUUCCGGGACGGCCAGUAUUUGGAAGUGAUCAAGGCCUCGGACGAUUGCGUGGCGACCGCCGUGGUCACCGUGCAAGAGAGAACGGUGGAGAUCGAGAAACGGAAGGUCACCACGAACAAGUGGCUGCAGGUCGAGGACUGGGCGGCCCUUUACAAGAUACUGGAGCGAGCGAUCCUGCGGUACGGUCGCCGGGGUGAUGGAGUGGGUCACGAGGGCCGGGAAUGGAGAAAGUCGACUCGUCAGCUGGAAGUCACGUACACUUUCGAGCAUCCCGACGUGCCAUCCUUACCCACGAUUAAGGUACACGUGUCACCAGCCCGGAAGAAACCGGUGAAACGAAAAACAGCAGGUGACGAGACAUCGAAGAGAAACAAAGAGAAAAUAGACGACGAUGCGAUGAAACAAACGAAAGAAGACAAAUUUCCUGUUCGAACGAUAACGAAAGACGAUCGAUUGAAGAAGACACCGAAGAAAUCGACGCAAAUUUUUUCGAAGAAGACCGAGACUCCGAGCGCUAGUGUGACAGAGCAGAGAGACCUGAAGAAAAAGAAGUGUCGAACGUACACACUCUCCGUUGAUCCGGAGAACGCGCUGUUAGAGGAAUACAUCCCGGAUGCACCGAAGACAAAGGGAAUGGAAUGUGCGGACUUCAAGUACGUGCCCAGCCGGAAGAGCGCAUUGGAGAAUAUGCGACUAAUAUCGAACGAGUACACGCCGACUUUGUGUGACGGUAAAAAUCAUGUUGCGGAAGACGUAAGCUAUAUACCGAACUCGAUCGAGAAAUUGAAAACGACCUACGAGGUUUAUGAGCCAUGCGCCACCACGGUAAUACCCGACGGCAUUUUCGAGGAAUACGUGCCUAAUUCCAAGGGAUUCAAUUCCGCCAUAGAAGAGUACGAGCCUGACUUCAAAUCUCCGAGCAAACUGAGGAAGUUCGACGACAGUUAUGUGCCCUCGAGCGUGCAACGGAACACGUUAAACGACUCGAAGAAAAUUCCGAGCAAAUCAGCUUUUCCGAAAAAAUCGAAGAUGCGGAGACUAGAGGUUUGUCGGAAGAGAUCAGUGGACAAGAAGAAGAUGGACCUCUUCUCGUGAGGUACACAAGUGUCUUAAGUGUGCUUAAGUGUGAUAAUACACAACUGAAGAAAGUUUUGCAGGGAGAGGAAAUAGAUUUUGAUACGACUGACAUCCGUAUGAUGUAAAAAGUAUAGUUUAUCUUAAUACGAUUUAAGACUAUUACAAUUAUUGUAUAGUGAUAUCCAUAAUAAUAAUAAAAUACUUAUUCUUGCUAAAUAUAUAAUGUUAUCGAUCAACCGAACGAUCGUUAACGAACGACGUUUGCGAUGUGUACAUUGAUGGUCUUGGAAUUAAAACAAAUAGCUGUUUCAUUUCCAUACU